AUUCUUUAGUUAUAUGAAAAUACGCGGUAGAGGAAGUGUUGGAUCUGUUAUCGGCUGGGGGAGUAAUUCCAUCUCUCUCGAUCUGAUUCUAAAACCCUAGAAACUCCUACGCAAUUUCAAUCAAUGGCUUCUCGGCUUAGCUGCAGAUUCGUGUCUCGUCUUCUUCGCAAUACCAACCCUAAUAUUCACCAUUCAAAUCCCCGUACAAUCUUUACUACAAUUCCCAAUUCUCCAUAUCCACCUCUGAUCUCACCUCUCUUCGAAUCUAAACUUUCACCAUCCGAUCACCUCCGCUUGCUGUCCUCCGCCUCCCGUUUCUUUUCUACCGCCCGGCGCCACCCAACUCGCCCAACCAAAAUAGACAUCGGUGCCCGUGCUCGCCAAAUGCAAAACCGGCGACUCUGGACCUACGCCAUAACCUUCAGCUGCAUCGCUGGAUUCAUCAUCAUCGUACUGAACCAAUUCGAGGACCAAUUAGUCUUCUACGUUACACCCACCGAUGCUUUAUCUAAAUACGCAGAAAACCCUAACAAAAACAAGUUCCGUCUCGGUGGAUUAGUCCUAGAAGGCAGCGUAGCUCAUCCAGCGGCGUCCCAUGAGAUCGAGUUUGUUAUUACCGAUCUGAUUACUGACAUGUUGGUCAGAUACGAGGGGCAAGUGCCUGAUUUGUUUAGAGAAGGUCAUUCGGUUGUUGUUGAAGGUUUUGUGAAGCCAAUUACAGAACAAAUCAAGAAGGAAGCCACAGAAAAGAGUGUAUCUGGAAAGGCGAGAAGCGUUGAGUGUUAUUUUUCUGCUAGUGAGGUGUUGGCGAAGCACGAUGAGAAGUAUAUGCCUGCUGAGGUAGCUAAUGCUAUUGAGAAGAACAAGAAGAAGCUUGCCGAAGAAGCUACAAAUCAGAUUGAGGGACAAGAGGCAAUUCCAACCUCAUAGAUUGAUUCAUCAUUGGGUAUGUGUCACUAAUUCCGACAUUUUUGCAAAUUUAUACAAUUAUACUGCAAUUGAAGUAUAUUAAUGAGGUUAAAUUGUUAGUCACAACAAAGAGAGGGGUACAUGAGGAUUUUUGAAUUAAUUGUUGUAGAUUUGAUGAUAUUUACUGCUAUUGUUUUGGGAAUGGUAUGUCUGCCAUUGGAUUUUGAUAAAGCUGUUGAAUAAGAAACAUUCUUGAAAGUGUUUGAUCUA